AUUCCGCGCAGUAACAUAUCAUAUCGAGUUGUGCAUUGUUUCUCCCUUUUCCUCGUGUGAUCUACGUAGGCCAAAAUGAGUAACCUACGGUUGCAGAAGCGCUUGGCCGCAAGCGUGAUGAGCUGCGGCAAGAACAAGGUCUGGCUUGACCCUAAUGAAAUCAAUGAGAUCGCCAACGCUAACUCGAGGCAGAACAUCCGCAAGUUGAUCAAGGAUGGUCUGAUCAUCCGCAAGCCUGUUGCUGUACAUUCCAGGGCCCGUGUUCGCAAGGAUGCAGAAGCCCGUAGGAAGGGACGUCACAGUGGACGUGGUAAGCGUAAGGGUACAGCCAAUGCCCGUAUGCCGUCAAAGGUGAUUUGGAUCAGGCGGAUGCGAGUCUUGAGGAGGCUACUCAAGAAGUACAGGGAGAACAAGAAGAUUGACAGGCAUCUGUACCACUCACUAUACAUGAAGGUCAAGGGUAAUGUCUUCAAGAACAAGCGAGUCCUCAUGGAGUACAUCCACAAGAAGAAGGCAGAAAACCAACGUGGCAAAAUGCUUGCUGAGCAAGCUGAGGCCAGGCGUACAAGGACCAAGGAGGCCCGCAAGCGCCGUGAAGAACGUAUCGCUCAGAAACGCCAGGAUUUACUCAAAAGCUUCAGCCGUGAAGACGAGGAGGCCCCACAAAAAUAGAUCCAUGAUUUGUAAAUGACUAAAGAAAAAAUGAAAAUUCCGCAAGGAUACAAUGCCAUGUGGAAUUGUUUUCCUGUCGAAUCCAGAGUCAAUUGUCAUCAGUUAUUUAUCAAAUCCAACUGUCCUUUCACUCAACAUCACGAAGAAAUGAUUUGUAAUAAUGAACUCAUUAUCUUUUUCCAAGGAUAGUUUGAAGAUCAUGUAAAAACUUAUGUGUAAUGGUAUUAUCUAUAACAUACAUUUAUGGAACCAUCGUCUUUUUGUUCCAAGUUUAUUCUUGUACAUUAAUUGCACAGAUUGAUGAUGUGAUUUGGGAAUAAAUGCUUGGUAUUGCUUCUUGCACCCAA